GCUAUCAUUCGAUACAAGGAUAAAAAGGCCUCCCCCCCUCUCCACUCUCUUCACCAUUCACCAAAAUCUCCACUACUUUAAUCUCUCAAAGCCUGUCCAACAACAAGAAGAAGAAUAACAAAAAAUAAAUCAACCUUUACUCAUAACCAAAGAGAGAUGCAACAAGAAAACAGUGGGGAUGUAUACAUGGGAGAUGGAUCGGCUCUAACUUUCCCUGACGUGUCACAAAUCCUGCCGUGGGCGCUGCCGCCGGUUCACACCUUCAACCCGGUCAAUUUCGCAACCCGGGAGCACGACCCGUUCCUGCUCUCGGGCGCGGGGCAGGUGGCCUACGGCGGCAUGUUCAAGUCGGGCUACGAGCCGCAGCUCCUGGGGCACUCGGGCGCGCCCUUUGGCCUGCACGCGGAGCUACAGAAGCUCUCCGCGCAGGAAAUCAUGGAUGCCAAGGCGCUGGCGGCGUCCAAGAGCCACAGCGAGGCGGAGAGGCGGCGGAGGGAGAGAAUCAACAACCAUCUUGCUAAGCUAAGAAGCUUGCUCCCUAACACAACCAAAACGGAUAAAGCCUCAUUGCUGGCGGAGGUGAUUCAGCACGUGAAGGAGCUGAAGCGGCAGACAUGUGUGAUAGCGGAGACGAAUCCCGUUCCGACGGAGAUGGACGAAUUGACGGUGGACAAUGCGAACGAAGAAGACGGAAAAUGGGUGAUCAGAGCUUCGAUCUGCUGCGAGGAUCGAUCGGAUUUGCUGCCGGAGCUGAUCAAGACGCUCAAGGCGUUGAAGCUGAGGACGCUGCGAGCCGAGAUCACGACGCUCGGGGGGAGAGUGAGGAAUGUGCUGUUCAUCACCGGAGACGAGGAGGAGGAGGAAGAGGAGGAGGUGGACGAGGAGCGUUGCAUCGCCUCGAUUCACGACGCGCUUAAGGGAGUGAUGGAGAGGUCGUCCAACGCCGAUGAGGCCGCGGCGAGUGUGAAGAGGCAAAGGACUAAUGUCAAUAUUCGUGAUCACUACAGGUCUUAUUAAUUAAGGAGUUAUUAUUUAUUUGAUGCUUUGUUGUUUGGUGCAUGUUUAGGUUUUUGUUGGGUUUGUUUGGUUUUGUUUGUGUGGUUUUUGGGGUUUUUUCGGUAUCUAAUUGUACAAAUGUGGGGGAAAGAAAUCAAAGCCUAUUAUAGAAACUUUGGAUUUGGGAGGGUUUCUUGCUUCAUUAUGCUAGGAUUAAUAGUGUGAUGUUUGAGGCUUCAAGGUCUAGUCUCCUAUAUUAAUAUGGAUGAUGAAUUGUGUAUAUAUGGUUUGAAAUUAUGUAUUCAAGUGCAAGAUUUUUAGUUGCACUAAUUUGAAUGAGGAGUAUGUAAUUUCAACGCU